GAUGUCAGAGAGGAGAGGUCAGAAGAAGUCCAUCUUUCUGUCCUCAUUAUUGGUGUGCUGUAUGUUUGCUAGUGCAGAGUAUUCCAAUUGCGGAGAAUACGAAUUCUUCAAUCAAACCAGUAACAGUUGCCAAGCCUGCCCUCAGUGCCAGCCAGGACAAGAGCCGCGUAUGACCUGUGGCUAUGGUGUGAAGGAUGAGGACUUUGCCUGUGUGCCGUGCCCACAAGGGAAAUAUUCCAAAGGGAAGUACGAGAUCUGCAGACGGCAUAAAGACUGUGACGCCCUCUACAAAGCCACUGUUCGUGUGGCAGGCACUCCGGACAGCGACGCUGAGUGUGGACCGUGUUUACCAGGGUAUUACAUGCUGGAAACCAGACCCAGGAACCUCUAUGGGAUGGUCUGCCACUCCUGCCAGAACGCACCACGAAACACCAAAGAAUGUCAAAUGUCAACCAUCGGGCCAAGAGAAAAACCUAUAAGACCCGGUAGCACCACUGUGUUCCCUCAUCCACAUAAAGAUUCCACUGGACAAGGUCACCUAGCAACGGCUCUUAUUAUCGCCAUGUCAACCAUUUUCAUCAUGGCCAUCGCCAUCGUCCUCAUCAUCAUGUUUUAUAUCCUGAAGGCCAAACCGAGUGGCCAGGCCUGUUGUUCCGGACAAGUUGUGAAGGCAGUGGAAGCUCAGACCAGCAAACAGGAAGACAAGAAAGAUGUCCCUGACAAUGUGGUGAUCUACUCAGAGAAAGACGAGUUUGACAAACUAAAAGCUGCUCCUCAGAAGACGGUAAAAAGUGAAAAUGAUGCGUCAUCAGAGAAUGAGCAGCUGUUAAGCCGUAGCAUGGACAGCGAUGAGGAGGCUGGGUCUGAUAAGCAAGGAUCAGCCGAAACCAACAACCCCAACCCGUGCCUUGUCAACCUGGGGAACAAGCCUGACCUCUGCCUGCUCUCACUGGGCCUCUUAGAGCGCGAACGUGCCUGCAACGCAUCCCCCACCACUGCAGCCGGACAGGCCAACAACUUCCAGAGUCCCAACCACAUCGCCAAUGUUAACCACUUCGCCAACUCUAACCACAUCAGCAGUGUAAAUGCAGUCAACAACAACAAUAAGACCCCGGGGAUUCUACAAAGUCGAAGGAAAAAGAUCCUGGAUCUGUAUGCUAGAGCCUGCAAUGUAACAGAGGGCCUGAGCCCCACAGAGCUUCCCUUCGACUGUCUGGAGAAGACCAGCCGCAUGCUGAGCUCCUCCUACAGCAGCGAGGCGGCCGUGGUGAAGACGUGGAGGCACCUGGCUGAGAGCUUUGGGCUAAAGCGCGACGAGAUCGGUGGCAUGAGUGAUGGCCUGCAGCUCUUUGAGAGAGUGAGCACGGCGGGCUACAGCAUCCCUGACCUCCUGACAAGGCUGGUACAAAUCGAGAGGCUGGACGCCGUUGAGUCGCUCUGCUCGGAUGUGCUGGGCAGUGGUGAGAUGGCGGCGGCUGCCGGUCGACAAGGCAACAGCAGUUUUCACAGCCAAUUGGUCUGUUCAUCCCCAUGCCCAUCUCCAUCUCAGCGCUGUGCCAGCGUCUAAAUAUGUGGUGGAACAGAGACUUGAAAGACUUGGAUGCCUUACAGUAUACACGAUGUAAGGACAGAUACUGCCAAGGAGGACAGCCAAUAUAUACAGUACACACCUUACCCCCAUCACAUGAAGAAUGUCAGCUAGAGCUCCCCAUGUACAAUCCUUUCUUUACUAUCAUGGGUUUUCUCUGUCAGGAAGCUAGUAAUUUAAAAUACUUCAU